AUGAUAGAGCUGUCAAAAUCCGUAGCCCGCCAAACCCCACCUGUUGGCGGGGCGGGCGGGUCUGAUAAACGCAGGCCCAACCCGCGUUGCCACGGGGUGUGGGUUAGGCGGGCCAGCCCCUCCUGGUGCUCUCCGGCGACGUCAGUGGCGGAGAUUUUCCAGCAUCCACGCAAGAAAGAAGAAUGUGACGACCUUGAGAACAGUGGUGCAAACUCGAAUAUUCCGACUACCGCUAGAACCGACUUUUCAAACUCGAAUAUUCUGACUACCGUUGGAACCGACUUUUUGCCUCUGACAUCCAACAUCGGGAGAAGAAAUUUACCUAUCAAAGUUCAGUUGGUUUCGGAUAAAAUUGGGGCAUCAAAACUUAGAAGUUCGAAAUUAAGUAGGGUGUCGAUCCCCAAUGGUAAAACGACGACGGUUGCAUCAAUUUCAAAAGAGAAUGGAAAGGACCCGAGAAAUAAGUUAUCUUACAACAAACUGGAAUUAAGUUUAAUGGGUUGA